UCUGUUUUAUAAUCAAAACUCAUUAUUGGGUGCUUUUUGCUGUAAGACAUGAUAUUAGGCACUUUAUGGAAUUUAGUUAAAAUUAUAGGAUUUUGCCAUGAAGAUUUUUAAUUCUAAACUGUAGAGGUGGGCAUGUUUGAUGUUAACUUGUCUUGAGUGUUAUUACCCAUAGAAGGCGAAUCAGUUUGGUCUUAGAAAACCAUGAUAACUUACAGGAAGAAGCAAGCUUGAGCGCCAAACAUAUGAAGCCCACGAAGAUAGUCUGGGGUAGCCCUGGUGAGUGAUCCUGCCUGUCCUGCAGAGCUCUGGAGAUGGACCUCUCUCAUUGAUUGUUUCCGUUGGCUGAGAGCCCAGAGGACUGGGUUUCCUUGACUUCAGGAUACAAAGAACACAGUCCUGGUUAUCAUCGUCCACGUAUGAACCAGUGUGAUGGUGAAAUGAGAUGAGGCUCCGAAAUGGAACUGUGGCCACUGUUUUAGCAUUUGUCAUGUCCUUCCUCACAUUAUCUUGGUAUUCUACAUGGCAGAAUGGAAAAGAAAAACUAAUAGCUUAUCAACGAGAGUUUCUUGCUUUGAAAGAACGUCUUCGAAUAGCCGAACACAGAAUCUCACAGCGUUCUUCUGAGUUAAAUACCAUUGUACAGAAGUUCAGGCGGGUAGGAGCCGAAACAAAUGGAAGUAAGGAUGCCCUGAAUAAAUUUUCAGAUAACACCUUAAAGCUAUUAAAGGAGUUAACAAGCAAAAAUUCUCUUCAAGUGCCAAAUAUUUAUUAUCAUUUGCCUCAUUUAUUGCAAAACGAAGGUAGCCUUCAACCUGCUGUGCAGAUUGGCAAUGGGAGAACAGGAGUUUCAAUAGUAAUGGGAAUUCCCACAGUGAAGAGAGAAGUUAAAUCUUACCUCAUAGAAACUCUUCAUUCCCUUAUUGACAAUCUGUAUCCUGAAGAGAAGUUGGACUGUGUUAUAGUAGUCUUCAUAGGAGAGACAGAUAUUGAAUAUGUUCGUGGUGUUGUAGCCAACCUGGAAAAAGAAUUUUCUAAAGAAAUCAAUUCUGGCUUGGUGGAAGUCAUCUCAGCUCCUGAGAGCUAUUAUCCUGACUUGACAAACCUAAAGGAGACAUUUGGAGACUCGAAAGAAAGAGUAAGAUGGAGAACAAAGCAAAACUUAGAUUAUUGUUUUCUAAUGAUGUAUGCUCAGGAAAAGGGCAUAUAUUACAUUCAGCUUGAAGAUGAUAUUGUUGUCAAACAAAAUUACUUUAAUACUAUUAAGAAUUUUGCACUCCAACUUUCUUCUGAGGAAUGGAUGAUUCUAGAGUUUUCCCAGCUUGGUUUCAUUGGUAAAAUGUUUCAAGCACCAGACCUCACUCUGAUUGUAGAAUUCAUAUUUAUGUUUUACAAGGAGAAACCCAUUGAUUGGCUCUUGGACCAUAUUCUCUGGGUAAAAGUGUGCAAUCCUGAAAAAGAUGCAAAACAUUGUGAUAGACAGAAAGCAAAUCUGAGAAUUCGCUUCAGACCGUCCCUUUUUCAACAUGUUGGUCUGCACUCUUCACUAUCAGGAAAACUUCAGAAACUCACGGACAAAGAUUACAUGAAACCGUUACUUCUUAAAAUCCAUGUCAACCCACCUGCAGAGGUUUCUACUUCCAUGAAGGUCUACCAGGGGCACACGCUGGAGAAAACGUACACGGGGGAGGACUUUUUCUGGGCGAUAACCCCAACAGCUGGAGACUACAUCUUGUUUAAAUUCGAUAAGCCAGUCAAUGUAGAAAGUUAUUUGUUCCAUAGCGGAAACCCAGAGCACCCAGGAGAUAUUCUGUUGAACACAACCGUAGACGUUUUGCCCCUUAAGAGUAAAGGAUUGGAAAUAAGCAAAGAAACCAAAGAGAAACGAUUAGAAGAUGGUUAUUUCAGAAUAGGAAAAUUUGAGAACGGUGUUGCAGAGGGAAUGGUGGACCCUGCUCUAAACCCCAUCUCAGCUUUCCGGCUUUCAGUGAUUCAGAACUCUGCUGUUUGGGCCAUUCUCGAUGAGAUUCAUAUUAAAAAAGUCACCAACUGAUCAUUUCCUAGGAAACCAAUACAUGUCUCCUGUGAAUUUGUUAAAGACAGUUAAGCAUGUAUCUUUUUUUUAACUCAAAUACUACCUCUUGUGGAAUCUACUGUAGAUAAUACGAUUGCCAUGUCCACUCAGAAAGUGAAUCUCCCAUGGAUAACUGUAUUCAUUUGAACUUAAGCUGUCCUCCAAUUUUAACGUGACUCAAAUAUUUUACAGUUAUGACAGCCUGUUAAUAUGACUUGUUCUAUUUUGGUAUUAUACUAAUACAUAAGAGUUGUACAUAUUGUUACAUUCCUCAAAUUUGAGAAAAAUUAACGUUAAAUACAUUUUAUGAAGGGGGUACUUUUGAAGUUCAUUUAUUUUACUAUGAUAGACCCUCUUUUAUAGAUUAUCAGGGAUUAUAUAUAUAAAUAUAUAAAUAUACAUAAAAAUGUUAUGGAGUUAAUUUAUUAGAAACUUGAGUACAUAUUUUUGUGCAGUAAAUUUUUGAAUUGAUACUUUUUUUGAGAACCAGUUACUUUGCUUUUUUAAGUUCUUUCUAUAUUUUUCUUUGGAAGUGCAAACAUUACAAAUUAAUGCCAUUUUCCAAAUGCACUGCCAUUUAAGAAUGAUUCUAGAUUGAUUUCCUAAUUGAAGUACUUUUAAUAAAUCAGUGGUUCUGAACAAAAUAUUUUCAAAGGCAUUUGUCAUUCCUUAAAGACAAGAUUUUAAAGACCAAUGUCCUUCUCUUGAGGGUUAUUUUACUAUACUCGGCAUGGUGUACAGCCACAGAAGAUAGUCUGAUAAAUUUCAAUGUGCAAGUACAGUGCAUUCAACUUAAAUUAUCAGACAUCAUCCAUCAUAUUUUCCUCUGAUCUGUAAAAUGACAAAUUCUUCUUUCCUUUUUGGUCGCUGUCAUUUAUCACUGAGUUAGAUACACUAUCUUUUUUUGUUUCUUUCUUUAUCUCUGUACUCAUUUUAUGAGUUUUGACAAAACGUUUUCUGGUUAAUGGUAUUGUAUGAGUCAUAGGUAAUGUAUAAUUUCAAAGAAAAAAUUGUAAUACUGGGUUUUGGUGAAAGGUAUUGUAACAGUUGUAUGUCUUACCAAAAUAACUUAUUCCAUUGCAUUAUGAACUUAUAUAAGAAAACCCCAUGUCCAAAGAGUAUUUGUUACUCAUAAUCAUGCAAUUCCAAAUAGAACUGUUCUCAUAAACCACGAUCAUCCACCUCAGCAAUCAGUUAUCUUUAUAACAGAAUUUUACUUUUUAAAAAUUAUGAAUUAUCAACAUGAGAGCUUCCCAAACAGUAUGCUUUGACCCCCUGGUGUGCCUCAGAAGGGGUGCAGCAGUGGAGGCCCAGGGCAGCUGCAGUGCCAGCUGCUUGCCUGCAGCCUGCAGCUUCAUCUGGUUAUCCAGCGUGCUGAACAGACAGCAUCUUCUGUGCAGUUAGGCCGCGAAGGUUGGGAAACUGAUAAAGAGUAAUUUCCGUCACUCCUUAUUGUAAUAAUUUUUAGUCACUUGACCCGAUUAAAAACUCACGUUGCCAAAAAUGAUUUUUAAGUUAAAGUUCAGUUUAAAUUUUCAGUUAGGGUUUUUUAUUUGCUCUCAUUUUCUUUAUUUUGCUUUUCAUUUUCCUCUCAAAUUUCUUUGGUCCAGGACCCACAGGCAAAUUUCACUUCAAAAGAGAAAUUACCUUUUGUUAUGUAAGUUUUUGGCACCAGCAUAGCAUACUGAAUUACUUCUGAAACAACUGAGCAAUAGAAGAUAAGAAUCUGUGGAGGUGGUUUUAGAGGGGCCCCUGGUUUUCCUGGUUCCUGAGUUGCCCACUCUGGAUCAGGAGGAAUCAUUUUCUGGAAGAGGUAUUAUUUUAUAUUCUGAGCCUGUCAGAAGUCUGUUAUUUAAGAAUGUGUAAAAAAUGGUGUCUUUAGUGAUGUUGCAAUGAGAAAAAAAAUAAAUUUUGCCUUUCUGUAGACGUCAGAUCACCAGUUAACUUUGUAUUGAGGGACCUAUUUUUUAAACCAAACCUUUGUAGUUGAUCAUCUAGCACAGCUCAGAUCUUGUAUAUGUGCCAACCAAAUUUUUAUCAUUUAAGAAUGUUUCCCAAAAUACCUCCCUGCUUCUAAGCCAUUAAUUGCCAAUGUAAAUUUUGUUUUAGCCAUUAAUUUUUGUGCUCAGUUUUACAAUAUUUUAUAUACGUAAGAAAACAAGAGCUGAAGGAAACAAAAUGAGAGACUAACAUCAUUGAAAGGCCAGAAAUCAGAGUCUUAACCGUAUUAUUUUAGUGUGUUCUGAGGGAGUUUAGAUGUCCAGUCCAAUCCCUUUCUUUUGUAGAAAAGGAAGCUCUUCCAAGCUACGUAGCAGUAUUUAGUGUAUAAAAUUUCAGUUUAGCUUUGACAGUUGUGAAAUUUUCAAUUAUCAGUCUUAACAGUUAUAUGCUAUUAACAAGUAUGCUUACUUUAUUUCUUUAAUGCACGUGAACACAAAAUGCUGAAAAGACUAAAAGACUACCACAGAUUUAUUUUUUUUUUAAAUAAACAAAGUUAGGAUAUUGUUACAUGUAUUUGUAUCAUAAUACCUGUAUGUAAACUCUUCUUACCUGAAACAUUCACUUCACCAGUUUCGGCACUAACUAGAUGAUUUUCAGGGGAACAAAAGAAAAAAAGAGCUGGCAUUCCAGAGUGUGUCUGUAUGAGAAGACGUUGCUCAGGAAAGUCAGCUGAAUGCUGAAUGGAAAGCUCUGUGCAGUGUCAUCCCUACUGUUACUAAUAUCGCAGUAAAAAUGUAAGACUCGUGGUGCUAAAAUUGUUCUAAAGUAAUGUUUGUCUGCCGUGGGGAAAAUGUUAAUACUCUUGGAAGUUGGGGAAGCUAUGGAUCACUUGCUCCUAGUUGUUUCAACGUAUUAAUAAUUAGCAAAUCAAAGGUUCUGGACUUGAAUUUGAUUAGCAUCCCAUUGUUUAAUUUGAAAUGUUGUGUUCACUAACAUUUGGUGAAAAUCUUUUGAAGAUAUGUUCUCUGAGCCUUAAAAAUGGCUACCGACAGUACUGUAUGAAGCACUGCCAGCAGAUCUGAUAACUUUUCAUUUCAGUAUAUGACAAUAAUGUUUUCUAAGAAACAUGUAGAAAUCAGCUGAUAAAGUAUAAUGACUGUUUCAUUUAUGGAAUGAAAAAGUAAAGUGUGUCUCAUUCAGAACACUUCAUUUGGAAAAGUCGUCUUUGCAUUUGGGGAUGUCUCUGAAAGCAGCCCUUGAAGAAGCUGUUUCUUUGCCAGGUUGUUCCUGACUUUGUUCUUAAAUGUCUUCUACUUAUUUUCCUGAAAAUGUCUUCACUGAUUGAAUGGUUACUAUCUGUAGUAUGUUUUAGGUACCUAUUGGAUUUUUAAAGGAAGGUUAUUUAUUUUUAAGUUUGCUGCUAUAAUGGAACACCUGGUUAACUGGUCCUGCUGAUUGUGCCUUCCAUCACUGUUUCUCGUGCCACAGCUGCUGUUCAUGUGUAUUUGAAAUAAAGAGGCUUAAAAAGCCAUGCUGAAUUCAAGAUUCCUUCUAAUAAAAAGAGGUAAAACCUAAUGAGUA